AUGUAUGGCUACUCAUCAUCAUCCGACUCGGAGGACGACUACUACAACUGGCGCAAGUGGAUUAAGAACCCGCCACCGCCCAACAACUCCAACGAUGCAAACAAAAGAAAAAAGAAGCUUAAGCUACCGCCACAACAGAGCAUCAACCGCAUAUGGAAGCGCUUCAGCAAGAAGCGCUUUACCAAAGCCCUCGCCGUCCUUCCCUUCGAUCCCGUCCCGCCACCGGCCAUCGGCGAGCGGUCCAACGAGCUGCUAACCGCAGGCUACGAGCGCGCCGUCGAAGAAUGCAGACGCAAAGUCCGGAAGAUAAUCCAAGAAUGUAGGAGGGUCAACACUCGCUACCGGGAUCCCGGUUGGGAUAUCGACUGGGAUCUCAAGAUGGAGAAGGGCAACUGUCUCAACAGCUUGGGCCGCGUUAAGUUCGAUCUUAGUAUGACGAACAUGAUGAAUCCGAGCUCGAUCGUGCCCAAGUCUGUCAAGCGUGUUCAUGAGAUCUUCAAGGAACCCACCUUCCUCAAGAACGUUAGCAGUUCCGACGUGAAGCAAGGAAAUCUCGGCGACUGCUGGCUCAUUGCCAGCUUGUCUGGCCUUGCUAACGUCAAGGACGGUAUCCAGCGUAUCUGCGUUGAGUAUGACACCAAGAUCGGCAUUUACGGUUUCGUCUUCUACAGAGAUGGUGAGUGGAUCUACUCUAUCAUUGACGACAAGCUCUACCUCAAGUCCCCCGACUGGGACUCCCCCAGCAUGCAGCGCGACCUGCUGCAGCAGAUCGAUCGCGAAGAUGUCGAGCAGGUCUACCGCGACACCUACCAAACCGGUUCAAAGGCCCUGUUCUUUGCGCAGUGCAAGGACCAGAACGAGACCUGGGUGCCUCUGAUCGAGAAGGCCUAUGCCAAGGCCCACGGCGACUAUGCUUCCUUAUCUGGCGGCUGGAUCGGCGAGGGUUUGGAGGACCUCUCGGGCGGUGUCACCACCGAGCUUCUCGCUUCUGACAUCCUUGAUACUGAUGCCUUCUGGGAGAACGAGCUCAGCAAGGUCAACCAGGAGUUUUUGUUCGGCUGCAGCACAGGUCUCCUAGACGGUGGCUAUGGCGACCGCGACGGUAUCGAGGAGGGCCACGCCUACAUUGUCAUGGAGGCGCGCACGCUCAAGGACGGUACGCGUCUCGUGAAGCUGCGCAACCCGUGGGGCAAGACAAAGAAGGGCAUCUGGGAAGGCCCGUGGUCCGACGGUUCCAAAGAGUGGACGACCGAAGUGCAGGAGGAACUCAACCACCAGUUCGGUGCGGACAGCGUCUUCUGGAUCCGAUACGAAGACUUGCUCCGUAAGUACCAGCACUUCGACCGCACUCGUCUCUUUCGUGACCCCGAUUGGCGAUGCUGCCAGCGCUGGAUCGGCGUCGACGUGCCCUGGAAGCCGCAGUACCAUGAAAAGUUCCACAUCAAGGUCACCUGCGAGACGCCCCUGGUCAUCGUCCUCAGCCAGCUUGACAACCGCUACUUCAAGGGCCUGCAAGGCCAGUACAGCUUCCGCCUGCAGUUCCGCGUGCACGAAAUCGACCGCCCCGAUCCCGAAGAUUACAUUGUACGCAGCCACGGGAACUACCUGAUGGACCGGUCGGUCGCCGUCGAGCUGCCGUCCAUGCUGCCUGGCACGUACAGCGUGUACAUCAUGGUGACAGGAGAGCGCAACCCGGAUGCGCCGAGCGUCGAGGAUGUCGUGAAGCGCGAGUGCAAGCGUCGCGUCGAGAACGAGAAGCUUGCUCAGGUCGGGUAUGCCUACGAUCUUGCGCACAGCAAGGCCGCGGCACACCUCGAGCUGGUCAAGCAGCUCCGCAAGCGUGCCGAUCAGAAGAAGGCUAGCGAGGCGCGCAAGAAGGAGAGGCAUCGCAUAUGGGAGAAAAGGCAUCUGAACCGGGAGAUCACCAAGAAGCAAGGACGCAAGAAUAAUGCUAAGCUCGAGGCCAAGCAGGCUGCUCGUGAGGAGAAGCGUCGUCAGGCCGAGGGCUUGCGGCCUAAGGAUGCUGCGGUCCAGACUGAUGAGUUUCUUCUCGAGGAGCUAAAGAAGCAGAAGGAUGCUGCUACUGAGGCAAAGUCGGAGGCUAAGCCUGAGGAGAAGAAAGUCGAGUCGGAAAAGAAGGCUGAGUCGGAAGAGAAGGUAGACAAAGAGCCGAAAGAGGGCGAAAAGUCGGAUGACGAGACCCCGGUCCCUACUCCCGCUGGCACCCCAGACAACGAGAAGGCCGAACCGGUGUCAGAGCAGAAGCCUAGAGGUGCCUCUGACGAGGAUAAAAAAGACGGUUCUGCCGUCGGUGACGACUCCAAGACCAAGUCCGACGACAAGUCCUUCGAGCAAAAGGCCGCAGCCUCCUCUUCAGGCAGCUCCGAUACUUCCAGCAGCAGCGGCGCCCUCACCCCCGCUUCAUCCUCUUCGACCCCCAGCACGGACGGCAAAUCCCAAGACAAAGUCCUUGUCCCGCCUGCCACAAUAACAGCAACAGCAACAAAAACAACAACAACAACAACAACAACUACCGAUCCCUCGAAAGUCUCCGGCGGCCCGCCACCACCUGCCCCAUCCCAAUCCCAACCGCAAUGCAAAUGCAACACCGCCUCCUCCAAGCAAAAGCCCGCCAAUAUGUACGUCACCUCCGAUAGCGAAUCCAGCGCCUCCCCUAUCUCCGACUGGGAAGAACUCUACUCUUCCGACGACAUGUCCAAGAAGCCGCGCUUGGCUCCGCAAUCCGGAUCCAACGUCAAGUCGUCGCGGUACUACUGGUACGGUGACAGUUCCGACGAGAAUGAUCCUGACCCGUGGAACGCGAUCUGCGUGGUUGGCUUGCGCGUGUAUAGUAAGGACGAGGGAUUGGAGUUACGUGUGGUGAUGGAAGGCGGCGAGCUGGAGGAAGGCGGCAUGGGCGAGAAGGGAGGCGUGGAUUUGGAUAAUGCGCAGGCGAAUGCGGGCGGUCUUAGGAAGGGUAGUAUUUGCAUUCCUGGGCCUGCGCCUGCGCCGGCUCCGGCUCCGGAGGAUGAGUAUGAGGGGGAUAGUGAAAUUGAUAGGAAGAAAGGGAAGGAGAAGAAGGGAGGUAAGAAAGGGGAUAAGAGCAGCGGUGGGUCGGAACAGCAGAGGGGGAAGAAGGAGGAUGAUGAAGGGCUUGCUCCUUACCCGGUCAUGGUGCAGAAGGGGAAGGGAGAGGAAGAGUAUGAGACGGCUGUGGAGACGAUGGGUGACUAA